AUCUAAGUUCAGACAUAUGUUUAAUUCAAAAAAACAAAAGGUUUCAACAAGAUAUACUGGGGACAGGUUCUAGUAAUAGUGCAGGCAAAAAUUGUGAUGGAGAUAAACAAAAAUCACAAUGUAUUAUAGAUCUUAAUAAUAAAAUUUCACAACAGCAGCAUCUAUUAGAAGCUCAAAAUCUUGAAAUUGAAGGAUUGAAACAAAAGCUAAUUGAUUCUUAUGAUCAAUUAAUUAAAGUUCGGGAUGAAAACAAUACCCUUUCUAAGCAGUGGGAUUCAUGUUUUAGUAGUCAGCAAAAAU